CACGCAGAUAUCAUAUACCUCUCAGCUCUGGUUUUCUCUUUCUCUCUCUCUCUAGAGCGCAACAGAAUUUGUAGAAAGAAGAAGAGGAUAUCUGAGAGAAACAACCGGUAUUAAUGGAAAGAGGUGCUGAGGUGCUGUACAAUCCUUACCGCAGUUUGCUUUUGGGGGAUGGAAUCGCGGCAUUUCGCGCACUUUUCAAUGCCGAAAGACAGUACAUGGUGGAGGAAGGCUACGUGGAGAAUCAGAACCUGAUUCGAAGUGAAGCUGUUUCGUUCAUUGCACAACAGUUAGAGCGCGAGUGUUCUGAUGCCUUCGUACCUUACAUGGCGAUGACCUACUUCGAUCGAUUCAUUUCCAGACAUGAAAUUCCGGAAGUGCUUCUGUUCCCUGAAGAGAACAAAACUCUAUUCCUGAUCUGUUGCCUUACCCUCGCUGCGAAGCUCAGAACCAACAAUUUCGAACUCUCUACGUUUCUGCAUGACAGGACUUGCUAUUUCGCGGCCAGCGACGUGCUCAGAAUGGAGCUGCACAUCUGCGAAAUAUUAAACUGGCGACUGCGAACACUGACACCAAUUUUCUUUGCCGAGUACUUCAUUGAACUCCUCCAUCUGCCACUAGAUUAUCCUUCACCACGCCCAUCAAUUCAUCAGCUCAUCAUCAAAUCUCAAGCAGAUAUUACUUUCACAGCGUACAGGCCAUCUGCUGUGGCAGCCUCCGCAGUGCUUGCGGUUUCCUCGAAAAUGUUUCCUGCGCGAGCUAAUGAGCUCAAUUUCCGCAAUCAUUCUUCUGAGUUCCUUAACCGGAAGCUUGCACUACUGUAUGAGGGUCUAACUGUAAUGGUGGUCGGUGAAGCCUCCACCUCAGCUGACAGGCCCGAUACCCAGGGCACCCCUAGCUCAGCUGACAGGACCGACACCCAGGGAACCCCUGUCUCAGUUGGGGAAGCCUCUAGCUCGCAUGGGACUCAUCCACAUGUGGCUGAACAAGCUGAGGUCGAGAUGGUUCGCAGGGCAGGGAUGGAGCCUGCUGUUGGUGAAGGUGAAGCUGAAGCUGAAGCAGAUGAAAAUGGAAAAGACCUUGUUCAAGCCCUUGAUGUGCCGAUGGCUUUCAAGCUGGAGUGGGAAGUUAAUAAUGAUACCCACAGAAAUUUGGUCCAAGAGGCGACCCUUGGUGAUGUCGCUGCCAAUUUUACGCAGAAACUCAAUGACUUGGCGAAGACCGUCAGCGAUUGCUGCACCGUUCUGUGAGCAUCCUUUAUUUCUUACUGCUAUUGAUUGAGGAAAUAAAUAAAAUCUGCUGAAACAGGAGUAGUUUUUCACAAACUCUGACAAUAUUAAUUGUAGUAACAAGUGGCAUACUGGAAUUCGGCUUUGUUGCUGUAGUUUUUGGCUUCUCACUGCAUGUCGAUAGUCCUUCAUGCAAAUAGGUUGCUGCAACUUUUGGAUGGAUUGGCGAGGUGGCCAUGCAAUCGUUGCUGUCUCAGAAGUUCUCUCUUUUACACAGUAUUACGUUAAUCGACUGUGCAAAUGAUCCUCUUGCUAUCCAUUGAUAUUAAUAUGAAUGUAGGCCAUUGAUUGAAGACAACCCAAUUUCCCUGAGUCUGACCUAAAUGUUUUGAGUUGGGUUGGCUAGAGUUGUGGGUCAAGCAUGAAUUCAAAUAGAUUAAAAGAAUCAAGGUUCAUACAAUCUCGAAAAUAUCAAAUAUUAUAAUUUUUACAUAUAUACUCCCGUAUUUCUAACGAACAAGCAAAUAACAGAAAAGGUUGCAGGUAGGUACUAUUGUGUUGUAAGUUCAGGAGUCUAAACAAAUAUAUAUAUAUAUAUAUAUAUAUUCUAUGUUUGUCCUCUGCUGUAAUGAAAUCCUUACAUCCCCUAAUAAUCCAAUUAUGUUUACAAGCGAAGUGAAUAACAUAGCACCACAGUUAAUAAUGAGUGUAACACCAGUGAGAAGUGAGAAACAAUAUAUAAAUAUUGCGUAUAUAUUCUUGAAGUUGUUAUUUCCAUGCGAAAUAGUGUGAAGUACGGCUGCAGUCCAUCUACAUACCGUUUCACGUCUAGCCGUUCAACAUUAUAAGACCUGCUAGAGAAACCAGGGGAAACGGUAAAUGGGUCUUGAAUUUGGGAUGUCAGUUUUUACCUCCCAAAUCCCAAUUUUGUGUUUUUUCUAAAUAAAGGAUAUCUUCCAUGUAGGAAGCCCACAUAACGGCACCUGGUUUUCUCUUUGGCAAAGGAGACCACAAACACCUCCUUUAGAAGGCACAUGUACCUAAUUAAAGUCGGCUCACAAGGUGAUUAAAAAAACGCAAAACAAACUAUAAACCAACAUUGAAAUUUGUUCGUUGGAAGCUUUCCACUCCACAACUGGAGAACUAAUCAAUUUCAAGUUGUCAAACCUUCCAACAGCCCUGCCAUCCCUAUUAGAGUUUUACUAACAAAUAGAGCCAACAGACGAAGAUAAAAUAUGUCACAAUUCCUAAAUUUGAUAUGGGGAGAACACCUGAGUUCAUAUCCCCCAUGUAUCAGAAUAUAAUCACAAAAGAUAUUGACCAAGUUAAGUUUCACAGAAGAACAAAACAUAAAUAUUGGUAUAUGAUCGCUCAUGUCUCUUGCAGAGAAACUGUAAUGGGUCGAGAAUUAUGAGAAGCUUUACUCACACCUCAAGCC